AGAUACACGAAGCUAUCUCUCGAUCUUGUGAAGGAGAACACGAAACACUACCAGAUUAGGGCUCCAUUUCAAGUGUUCAGAAAAUUUGAAAGAAAUGGACGUAGUCUCACCAUUACCAUCUGAAAUGUGUCAAUCAUCUGCCAAUUCUUCCCAAAAAUGUUACAUUCCUCAAGUUAAGAAUGACGUGAUACCAAAAAUUAAUCAAGAGUUUGUCAAUUUAGACGCCGUUCAUAAGUUUUACAACAAUUAUGGUAAAGAAUCAGGAUUUAAUACGCGAGAACAUUCUAGUAGGAAGAAUGGGGAUAAAGAAGUCAUUAGAAAAGAGUAUGUGUGCUGUAAACAAGGUUACUCGGUGCCCAAAAAACCUGUACAAAUUAAUGGAUCCUCCAAACGGCGUCGGGGGAUAAUUAGAGAGGGUUGUGGUGCGAAAUUGGCAGUUGUGAGAUCAAAGUCCGGUGACAAGUAUGUUGUCUCCCAAUUUGUUGAGGCACAUAACCACCCUCUUACGUCUCCAAGGAGGACGCAUUUGUUGCGAUCUCAUCGCAAAGUGACAGCUGCCAAAAGAGCUUUGGCAGAACAACUAUCACAAGCAAAUGUGCCAACUUCCCAACAAAUGAGUAUUUUCGAGGUGCAAUCCGGAGGUUUGGAAAAUGUUGGGUUCGGACUGCAAGAUCUUUAUAACACUCAAAGGGAUAUAAGAACUGCGUUACUAGGGCAGGACGCCGAUAUGUUGUAUGAGUAUUUCCAAAUUCAACAACAAAAAAACUCAGGGUUUAUGUUUACAAUGGAGAAAGACGAUGAAAUGAGGUUGACUCAUUGUUUUUGGGCAGAUGCCACGGCUAGGAAGUCAUAUCAAUAUUUUGGGGACGUUGUGAUUUUUGAUACAACAUACAACACAAAUCGAUACCGUAUGAUAUUUGCACCUAUACUAGGGGUUAAUCACCACAGGCAGACUAUGCUAUUUGGGUGUGUGCUUUUAAGUGAUGAAUCGAGUGAAUCGUUUGAAUGGCUAUUCAAGAAUGGUUGA